AUGACAAGUAAGUUUGAAGGCUGGAUGCCCACAGUAAUCGAGCUGUUAGAGAACAGGUUAAAUAAACCUAGCCAUCACAUUUUCUCUCCUUUUCUUCAAUCACGUUUGGUUUCCUCUCAAGCGUAUCUUUUUUCUCCUCCUCUCUCACAAUUCCAUCCCAAAUCCUUUGCUCCUCUCGCAUCCGGUUUCUCCUCACGCGUCUCUGUUUCUACCUUGCCUCUCCAGUUUUUUCCAUCGUCGAUUCCUCUUCUUCACUUCAUUCUAAUAAGCGCCUCCUCAUCGACGAAUGAAAAAGAUCAGAAUGGUGUGGGUCAAUUGGGUAUCGGCCUUUCGGGUAUGCAGAAGCAAGAUGAGGGCUUUGCUGCCCUAUCAACAGAAGACUAUUGUUUUUUUCAUUUGCCUUCGCCUGAUUCAGUUUCAAGCGACGACUCAGGUAUCUUCUCCCCGGCGGCUAGGUCUCAGUCCUCCUCUUCACACUUGCUGCCAUUAUGCCUUCAUCAACGUCAGAAAGCACAAAUUCAUGCUUCUGUGUUAGAAAGUCUUGGUAAAAAAGUUUGAAAGGAUUCUCAGAGAAGGAUCAGUUUAUCCCCAGCAAAUAUUACAAAUAGGAAGACCUUGCCCUAUUGGCUAUGGAUAAAGUUGAACCACUUUCAAUUUACGAUUUGAAAUACAAGUCGGGAUGACGUAGGAAGAUCCACCGUCAAACACCAUAGCACAAUCCAUUGGGGAUAUGAGCAGAUUCCUUGGCCUUGAAGGAGCUUCUGGCUUGCGGUUAUUGGAUGUAAAAGACGAGUGAUUUUAAUGUAAUUUUAGCUAAUAUUAUAAUCUUAACUGCUUUUUACUAAAGUCCUUGAAUUAUUUUUUAGCCGUGUAUCAAUCCAUAUAUUAACUUUUUUAUUUUCUUUGAUGUUUUAAUCUUUAA